AUGUUCAAGCAAUUUAGACUUACGAAACCAAUACAACGAACUCUUACUAGAUUCUAUCAUUCUUCGGAUCAUAUAGGAUCUAAUCUUAUAGUUAAUCCAAAUGCAAUAGAAUCAAAAGUAUUAUCUAAAGCACUUGAGUAUGUUCCAAAAUAUGGGUUUACUCAAGUUUGUAUAACUGAAGCUAUUAGAGGUUUGCAAUACCCUGACUCAUUACAGUCUGUGAUUACUUCUAACCCAAGAGGCAAUUCAGCCGAGUUUGAAUUGGUUUUACAUUGGUUGAAAUGUAAAAGACAAGAAUUGGAACAAUAUGUGAUUAAUCCAAGUAGUGAAGAUUUCCAUAAGAUUGGAAAUGAAUAUGAAAGAGCAAGUCAUUUGAUCAAGAAAAGAUUAUUGGCAAAUGAACCUAUAAUUGAAAAAUUACAAAGUGGAUUAUCACAACUUGUUGUCCCUGGGAAUAUACCUCAAUCAAUGGAGGAAUUACAUAAUCUUAGUGAUGAUAUUGCAUUUUAUGCCGGUGAUAAAUCCAAUGAUUUUGCCUGGUAUUCCAAGAGAAUGGGAUUAUCUACAGUCUAUGUAAGUUCAGAAUUGUUUAUGUUACAAGAUACUAGUGAAGGAUUCCAAAGAACACAAGAUUUUGUUGAUGAAAAAGUGGCAGGACUUAAAGGAUUAGGAUCAGCUUAUACCAAUAUAGAAGAAUGGUCUGUUUUCAAUGCUAUUAGUCUUGUUAACCUUAUAAAAUCCCAAUUAUUACGUGGAUAA